AAGUUAAAGAAUGAUAAAAAGAUGGUAGGAAUAUGAAUUGGAUUCUCCAUAGUUGAAGGUAAAGAAUAAAAUUCUUGUCAAUCAGAAAUUUGAGCAUAAGUAGAUCACAUCCCUUCAUUUGUAAUUUUCUCACACACUCAACAUGAAUGUAAAAUGUCCCACUUUUCAUAAAAGUAAUUUCUUCCUUUUUGACAGAACUAGAAGAUUUCUUGUCUGCUUGUCUGUGAUUCAAAAUAAUCUGUAGCAUAAAGAAGCCAGAUGGGAUAGAUUUUGUUUUUUGAUUUCAACUUGGUUUGAGUGAGGUUAAAACUUAAAAGGGGUAGUAUCUCAGAGGGUAUUUCUAUUGUGUAACAUUCACUUUGGCCUUAGGAAAUGAAGUUCAAUAAGUUCUAAAAAUCUUUAGGAAUUUACAGAUUUAGCUCAAAACUUGAAUGGUAUUGUACCUAUAUUUCAUUUUAUAACCAGACUCCUAACUAAUAUCCUAUUACUAGUCGUAUCAAACUUCACAUUUUCGUUCUAUAUAGUCCGAAUAUCUUUCAAGAAAUUUCCACUCUAGAUCCUUCAUGAGAAGGAGAAGGAUCUACAGUUCAAUCUAGGAAGCUAUGAUCAACAAUUGUCUCUGCAGUUCCACCAAAUUGAAACUCCUGGUUAUGUCACAAAUCACUAAUUGCAGCAUUGCAGCAUGUAACAUGCAAUAAAAGAAAGCAGUGAACUUAGGUGCAGCAUGGUUCAUGUGUAGUGAAUCUUGUUCAUGUUUCUUUUUGUAAUCUUGGGAUGUCUAUUGUGGGAGCAAGUGAAGUAUGGAGCAAAUCUUCGGAUGAAAAAAGAGAGAAUACUGUAUGAUUGAGUAAUUUAUACCUGCUCUUUUCCAGUAUAAAUUUGUAAGUGAAAAUGAUCAAAAAAGCAAAGUGUUAGCAUAUUGUUCUGCUCAAAUUCUAUGCAAAGUGACAGUUGAUUCUUGAACUUUCAAGAAUGAAAAGAAGUAGAGAAAGAACUUCAGAAUUUUAUUCUUGAAAAUCCCAUCUCUUCAGCAUUUGUGGUUGAUUUUGAUUCAAGCAAAGCAUCCAAUCCAUUGAAGGCUAAAAGGAAAAGAAAGAAAGUAGCCAGCACAUUCUUCUAAGUGACAGUUGAUUCUCUUGCAAAGGGUAUCUGAAUAAGACUGAUAUUUUUUGUGAAAUUUUGUUUCUUUCUUAAGCUUCUCAAGGUCUCUGCCACUGUCAAUCAGCCCAUUGCUAAUAGUACCAUAAUCCUAGUUAAGUAGAGUAAAAAUCAGGAGUCAUUUUUGUUAUAUUCUUCUCUGCUAACUGCAUUUUCUCUUGGAAAAAAAAAUGUCAUCAACAAUGAGGGAAACUUCGAGAUUAGCUGAGGCCUCAAUCAAUGGUAUCGUCCGGCGGAUGGUUAAUCUUCCGAGAAACAUAUUAGGAGGAUUUUCAAGAGUUAUGAAUGGAGGAAGAAGAAACCAGACUCUGCCAUCCAGUUACCAAUAUCAGAUCCUGCAGCAGGACAUAUCAAAUGUCCCGGAAGAAUGGUCUUUCCUGACCAGUUUCCAGUACCAGUAUGGCUCAGUGCACCCUUUCUUUUACGCCUGUCGAUUUGCAGAAGCCAUGAAGAUAGCAGAAGAUGAACACAAGUUCUUAUUCUUGUAUCUGCAUUCACCAGAUCACCCAUUCACACCCUCUUUCUGUGAGGAGACACUGUGUUCAGAGCUAGUAGUGCAGUUUCUUGAUGCUAAUUUCAUUUGUUGGGGAGCAGUUGCAAACAGAGGUGAUGGUCUACAGAUGGCUACAACAUUAGGAGCUACCAGUUUCCCUUUCUGUGCUGUAAUUGCUCCGGCUCCGGCCGAAAGUAUAACAGUCCUACAACAGCUUGAAGGGCCACUUUCUCCAGCUGAGUUAGUGGAGAUUCUACAGAGGACAAUUGAGGAGCAGGGAUCAGCUUUUGGUAGCUCCAAACUGAAGCGAGAAGAAAAGAUAAGAGCAGAUCGCAGGAUUAGAGAAGAGCAAGACAGAGCAUAUCAUGCCGCUCUUAAAGAAGAUAAGGAGAGGGAAAGACUUAAAAAUCUUCCUCUGGUGCUACCGAAGAAAGCAAAUGAUGAGAGGCUCAAGCAGAAUUCUCCAAGUAAACAGCAAAAUGGAAUGAAAGAACCUACAUUUACUCGUGAAACUCCAAACAAGGAUCCUGCAAGUAAAGGAAAAGAUUCUCAGCCUAGUUCCCAGAUACAAAUAAGGUUUCCAAAUGGUGAAAAGAGAGAGAGAAGCUUUUCAAGCAUGGACAAGGUGAAAUCAAUUUACAGUUACAUCAAUUCGCUCGGUCUUCCGGGUACUGAAAACUAUAGAUUGAUAGCAAGCUUCCCAAGAAGAGUAUAUGGUAUGGAUGAGAUGAAUAUGACUCUGAAAGAUGCUGGCCUUCACCCAAGAGCAAGUCUGUUUCUGGAGUAUCAAUGAUGUCAUUUACUUUCAUGAUCUCACCAUAGUUUGGCAAUGAUAAGACCUGAUCUUAUUAUGUUCCUGUUUAGCAACUACUUUGUUUGGGAUACACAAAUCUGAUAUCUUGUGCAGCAUAAGCAACAAGCAAAGCUUAUUCAAUGUCUGGCUAUGAUAUGUCAGGAAAAUUGACUAUAAUCUAUAACCAA